AUGAAGUAUUUUGGGCUCUUGGUUUUGUUCUUGGUUAUUGGAACAGUAGGUUUCACGUAUCUUGGUUAUUCCAGCCAUGAAGACAACGCCUCAUUAAAUCCUGGCAUUGUUUCCAUACAUCUUGGGAACGUUGAGACGUUCGUGAAAAGAAGGAAACUUAAGGAGAAUAGCAAUACUCCACACUCUCACGAGGACGAUGAAGGCAAUGCAAGUUUGGAAGAUUACCGUCCAAUUGAUCCAGUUCCAAGUUCAAAGGCUUCUGUAAGACCUGGACCUAUCCAGCAUGGCACUCCUCUGAUGCCAUUUAUCCCGUGGUCUGCUCCUCCUCCUGGUCAGACAGAGCAUGGUGCGACCCCAUAG